AUGUUUUUGGAUUUAAAAGAAAAUGUACAGCAAGAUUUUGACUCAGGCGACAGCGUAAAAGACCCUGCCUAUGAUCACAUCCAAGAAGACCACCAUAGUGAUUCUGACAACGAACAGGAGAAAAAUGGCUCAGAUGAAUCAAAUUUUGAAAACAAUGAAGAACAUGGCCAACCAAUGCACAAAAUAUUGAAACGAAAAGUAGGAAAAAGAGUAAAAAUAGACAGGUUUUACGAAAUACGGGACAUAAUAUCUGAACCGGUUUCUUAUAAAGUUUACUCUCAAACAAUCGAUAAAUUAGGCUUAAAGUUUAAAAAACCAAUCAACGAUACCUGUAACAAUUGUGAUAUUUUUCACAAUCAUAUUAAUAUUAGUAAGACAGCUGAUGCAAGGAAAAAGUAUGAGAAUUUAUUAGCAGCUCAUCAUACAGAAGCUGAAACUGCUUACGAGUCAAAGAAAUUAGAUAAAUUAAAAUUGCCUGGCCAUACUCACAUGGAGUGUGACGUAGAUCACGCAACAAUAAAAAUAUUUAAAAAAAAAUGCCUAUUUACUAUCCAUGUACCUAGAGAUUGGUAUAACUUAGUAAGAUCUGCAAGAACAAAACGUACUACUACGGCUAAACAAAAACACAAAAUAGAGGAAACAAACCCAACAGAAAAAAUAAGUUUACGGAGGAGGGAUUUUAUUGUAAAUUGUAUCAGUGAAAUAACACCAAAAUACGAAUAUAAGAAUGAAGGAAGUAACAGAUCAAAAAAUUUUGCCUUUCAUUUUGUUGUUAAUGGAGCUAAAGUUAGAGUAUGUAAACACUUUUUUGUUAGUACUUUGUCUAUUAGUACUACGAUGGUAAGGACUGCUUUAAAAGAAUUAAAUACAGAAGGCAUGGUUAAAAGUGAUACGCGUGGAAGGCACGGUCAUCAAAAAUCGACCAGUACUGCCAUAUUAAAAGUUAUCAGGCAGCUUAUUGAAUUAAUUGCAAGAAUUGAAUCCCACUAUUUAGGGGCAAAAACAUCUCGAGAAUACAUUGAUGGAAGCCUUAAUUUGGCUACUCUAUAUAGGCUGUAUAAAAAAAUGUGA